UGUCAUCAGUCAAGCAAACAAUAAACAGCAAUUUUUAGUUUCUUUGUUCGAUUUGUCCUUUCAUCAGUUUUAGUUAUUCUGUGAUCAGUCGUAACACAAUUCUCGAUCAUAAUGCCCAGAAGGUCCUGCAGGAGCGCCCCUAGGGCCUAUACACGGCACACUAGGGUGCCCCCUAGGCAGCCCGCUACUCAACUCAGACCAACUGGCACGGCACUUGCGACCACAUCAAAUGUCCCAUCUAAGUAUGUUCCUAGUCCUGCUCCCCAACCGGCCCAAAUGCACGCUACGCCUCCUCCAGCAUCCCAGGGUCCGGGAUUGUUUGGGCAGAUGGCAGCUACAGCUGGUGGUGUUGCAGUGGGCUCUGCUAUUGGACACACCGUGGGACAUGCCGUUACCGGCCUGUUCAGUGGUUCAAGUGACCAACCAGCAGCUCAGGAAGCGGCUCCAGUGGCUGCUCCAGUUCAAAAUAGCCAAACGAGCGAGCCUUCUGGACCUUGUGCAUGGGAGAUCAAGCAAUUCUUACAGUGCGCUUCGACUCAGCCCGAUUUAACUCUUUGCCAAGGAUUUAACGAAGCUAUUCAGCAGUGCAAAAUUAGAAACAAUUCAUCUUAAAUUCAGGAUGUCUCAAGAAGUUCCAUUUAUCAGAUUUCGAAGAGUUGAAAUUGCUGUAGUUAUGGAGCAGUAUAGAGCUAGCUAUGUUUCUAGCGAUCUUUUUAUUUUAUAGAAGGUUAAUUUAAUAAAUUAUGAUUACAUCUUUGUUGUGUCAUGUUUAUGAUUUUUGUUGAUCGUCACAUGUUUUAAGUUAGUGAGUUAAUUAUAAUUUGUUUAGAAAUAUAAAAUAUUUUAAUU